AUGUCUUCCGAUAUAACCACAAUUCGUAAACGGCCAAUAAUCAAUGUUUGUGAGGAGAAACAUGAAGAAAUUAUUGACGUGUUUGAUGAUAUAAAACCAGAUAAUAAAAAUAAAAACAUAAUAACAAAUAUGAAAAACUAUAAAAAUUCAAAAAUUAUAUCAUUAACAACAUUAUCAAUACUCACAAUAUUAUCAUUCAUUACAAGAUUUUAUAAAAUUUAUCAUCCAAAUCAAGUUGUAUUUGAUGAAGUUCAUUUUGGUAAAUUUGCUAGCUAUUAUCUCCGUAGAACUUAUUAUUUUGAUGUUCAUCCACCUCUUGGAAAAUUAAUGAUCGCUGGAAUGGGUUGGUUGCUUAAUUAUGAUGGGCAUUUUUUAUUUGAACAUAUUGGUGACGAUUAUUUAAAAAAUGACGUACCUUAUAUUGGAUUAAGAUCAUUACCUGCUACACUUGGAGCUCUUUAUGUACCUUUAGUUUAUUUGAUAAUGAUGGAAUCUGGUUAUAGUAUUUUUACAGCAAUCCUAGCUGCUAUAUUAAUCAUUUUCGAGUUUUGUAAUGAAUGGUGGUUUUGGUUAAUAAUGACUGGAAUUUCACUUGGAUUAACAUUAAGUGUAAAAAUGGUUGGUUUAUUCACAAUACUUAUGAUUGGUACAGUGGUGAUUAUUGAUUUAUGGGAAUUAUCAGAUAUAAGGCGUGGAUUAACAUUAGAACAAUUUAAUAAGCAUUUUUUAGGGCGCGCAUUUGGAUUAAUAAUUGUUCCUAUAAUUGUUUAUUUAUUUUGGUUUUAUAUUCAUUUUGCAAUAUUAAAUACCAGUGGACCAGGUGAUACAUAUAUGAGUCCAGAGUUUCAACAAACUUUAUAUAAUAAUUCCUUGCUACUUGAAAGUGAAUCAAUCAACUACAAUGAUACAAUUACUUUAAAACAUAAAGGUACAAAAGUAUAUUUACAUUCACACACUCAAAGAUAUCCAAGAGUUUAUGAUGAUGAACGUAUAAGCAGCGCAGGACAACAAGUAACUGGUUAUCGCUUUCAAGACGCCAAUAAUCAUUGGAAAAUAAUUUCACCACCAUCAUCAAUACCUCUACAACAAAGACCCGAAAAUGGUUUGAUUAAACAUAAAGAUUUCAUUAUGUUGGAACAUGUAAACACCAAUACACUGCUGCUAACUCAUGACGUGGCAAGUCCGUUAAUGGUUACAAAUCAAGAAGUCACAACUAUAAACAUCACUGAAAAUUAUGGUAGAAUAAAUGAUACUAUAUUUCAAGUUUUUAUUGAAAAUGGUGAUGAUAAUUGGAAAACUAAAUCAAGUUAUAUAAAGUUGAUACAUUGGAAAACUAAUGUUGCAAUCUGGACACAUGAUGCUAAAUUACCAGAAUGGGCAUUUGGUCAACAAGAAGUUAAUGGAAAUAAACAGAUUACUAAAGGAUCUAACAUUUGGAUAGCAAACGAAAUAAUUCGUGAAAAUGUAACAAGGCCAUUAGAAACAAAAAAACCAGUACACAGUAUGUCAUUUAUAAGGAAAUUUUUUGAAUUACAACUGUUAAUGAUCGAGCGCAAUUCCAGAAUUGUAUCUCCCCAUCCUUAUCAAAGCCGACCAAUCGAUUGGUUAUUUUUAACAAGUGGUAUAUCAUUCUGGACAAAUAAGGAAGAAAGGCGACAAAUUUAUUUAUUGGGUAAUCCAAUCAGUUGGCUACUUUCUGUUAUUUCUAUUUUCACCUUGAUAUUAUUGAUUAGUGUAGAAACAAUUAUUAGAAGACGUGGUGUCAAACUGUUUAACGAUUGUAAACUUAACCGACUACCAACACUUUCUGAAAAAGUUCUUUAUGGUCAUUUGGAUGAUCCUCACAAUCAAGAAAUUAUUAGAGGACAAAGUUACCUUAAAUUACAAGUAGCUGUUCCAACAACGGUUCAUUGUGACCAUUUAAUUGAGGCUCAAACAGGUGGUGUUAAAGAUCUGGAAAGAGCAAUAUCAAUCAAUGCUGAAGUUUAUGAAUUUUUGUCUUCUGUCAGUGCAAAAUAUGAUAUUGGGUUUUGGAAGCCUGGUUCUGGUGUCAUCCAUCAAAUUAUUUUAGAAAAUUAUGCUUUUCCUGGUGGCCUUAUGAUUGGUACAGAUUUUCAUACCCCAAAUUCUGAAUUAAAAUGUCCAAAUGUUAUUGGCGUUAAAUUAACUGAUAAAAUAAGUGCUGGAAUUUUAAUUGUAAAAAGAGGCACAGGUGCAACCAUUGAAUAUUUUGGUCCAGCUACUAUCUGUAAUAUGAGUGCUGAAAUUGGUGCUGCAACAUCUAUUUUUCCAUUUAAUAGUCGUAUGAAUGAAGGUGUCAAUUAUGAUCAUGUUAUAGAGAUAAAUUUAUCUGAAUUAGAGUCACAUACUAAUGGACCAUUUACACCCGAUCUUGCUAUCCCUUUGAGUAAAUUUAAAGAUACUCUAGAAAAAAAUAAUUGGCUCUCAGAAUUUAAAGUCGGUUCGAUUGCUAAAUCACCAAAGCUGGAGGCAUUAAAUUUCACUGGACGUAAUUAUGCCAAUCCUGCAACACAUGCUUUUGUUACUUCUCCUGGCAUUGUGACUGCAAUGGUUUUUUCUGGCGAUCUCAGAUUCAACCCUCUUAAAGAUGCUUUGAUUGGUAGUGAUGGAAAACCUUUUAGGUUCGAAGGUCCAAAUGGAAAUGAAUUGCCACCUCAUGCUUAUGAUCUUGGUGUAGACACUUAUCAAGCACCUCCAGAGGACCAUGUUUCUGUUCAAAUAACAUUUCAUAUGUUGAUUGGAGCAAUCAAUUCUGAAAAUGGUGUUUCUUGGGUUGUAAUUGGUGAUGAAAAUUAUGGUGAGGGGUCUUCUCGUGAACAUGCAGCACUUGAGGUCUGUCAUCUAGAUGAUUAUGAUAAAAUUGAUCCAACUGAUAAAAUAUCAAUUAUAGGACUUACUGAAUUUGCCCCCGAAAACCCUUGA